AUGUACCUGAGUCCCCUGUUACAAAAUAAACAGGACCAUUUUAGGCGGGAAAUUCUCGUACGCCUCAUCAAAGAAGUGGCGGUCCCUUUGAUGACGUUGAGCCGUGUAUUUGACGAGAAUAUGGAGGAAUUGAGAUCGUACAUUAUGAUGAGCGCCGCCUACCGGAAGCUUCAGAAGUCAGUCGACAUUCCGCUGGACCUCUCUCGUGGCAAGCUUCUGGCCCACACCUGCGAUUCUCUCGUCAACCAGGAGGAUAUGCGAACCGAGACCUUUGAUAGCACAUCCAUGUCUACCUUUAACCGUCGGUAUGUGCCUCUCUCUGGAUCAGAUGCGGCGUCGGAGUAUUCUGUGUCAGGGAGCAGCGGAGACGUAUUGAGCACGAGCGAUGACAGUUUUGACAUCAUGAGAGAUGAAGACGUGCAGUCCCCAGUUCCAUCAGCGCCACCCGUACAUCCGUUUUCCAUUGCCGCUUUACUUACUGGCAGUACGAGCCCUUCGACUGGAAGCACUUCCGCUCCAGCAGUAAUCACCAGCGCUCUGUUCCCGGCUCCAGGAAAUGUUUACCACGUGCAACAGCUGACUAAAUUACCACAUACAUACGAAGUAUUCGCUGAUGGGGACGUUGAACCGUUCUGGUGCCACGCCUGUAACUCCCUCUGUGAAGAUGCUCGCGAUGCCAGGAAUCAUCAGCAUAUCCAUCGUAUCCAGGGCACUUCUUGCGGUCUCCGGAAGUCACUUUUCUUGCAACAUGGUUAUGUUACGCGCCAUAGUCGAAUGGACAAUGAACGUCUUCGAUGCGGUUUGUGUCAAAAAAUGGUUGCUCAGUGUUUCUUCGCGAAGCACCAGAGACUGCACGACGGACACUUCUGUGAGGUUUGCCACAAGGACUUCAGUACCAGUAGCCGUCUCCGUGACCACAUGAAUAUACACUCAGGAGGCACUCCAUUCACGUGCUCCAUCUGUAACCGGAAGUUCUCCAAGCGGUCCUCCCUCACCCAGCACUACCGCUACCACCGCGAUCAUCGUAGCUUCAAGUGUAGCUACUGCUCCAAGUAUUUCAACAGCAAAUAUGCAUGUGCAGUGCACGAGCGCCUGCAUACUGGGGAGAACCCUUUCCGGUGCCCUAUUCCCGGAUGUGAUAAGGCCUACCCACAGAAGAUUCAGCUGAAACUGCACUUGUGUUCUCAUAGGAUGUGA